AUGGCCCCGAUCGAGGACAGUCUCGCAUCAGCAGUGGCAGCGUCUUCUUCUUCUACAGCUCCUCUGCCCUCGAAUGUUGAGACUAGCGCCCUCGAGCGUGUCCAUCUACCCCGCAUCGCGAUCAAAUUCUGUACUCAAUGCCGAUGGAUGCUGCGCGCUGCGUAUUUCGCCCAAGAACUCCUCUCCACAUUUAGCACAGACUUGGGCGAAGUUGCCCUCGUCCCUGUGACCGGUGGUAUCUUCACAGUGACAAUCUGGCAUGCGACAGGAUCGACUACCUCGGAGGGAAAAGUCACGACGCAAGAGACUCUUCUUUGGGAUCGGAAGCGAGACGGCGGGUUUCCCGCUGAUCGAGAUACACAUGCAGAGGUCAAAGCUCUCAAGUCUCUUGUGCGAAACAUCAUUGCUCCCAAUCGGGACUUGGGCCAUACGGAUCGGGCUCUGAAGAAAGAAGAGGAGAAGAGGAAGGAAGAGAAGGCUCAAGGGGAGCAAAAGAAAGAGUGCGAGGAUUGUUCUUAG